UCACGUUGAUUAUUCGUUGGUGGUGGUUUGUUUUGCUGUUUAGUUUUAAUUCGCGCGAUUUAAUUUUAUUGAAUACUAUAAUUUUAACCAUACAGAAUUUACUAUAUUUCAUUAUAAACAAAGAUUGAUAGCCAAACAAGAUAUCCAAACCUGCAGACAUGUUGUUUAAAGUGGAAGCAAGUAAAUCAGAAGAUGUUUCAAACAACUUGGUGGGUCGUGAAUUUGAAAGAGUUGAUCUUCAAUAUACCGAUUGCUCUAAAAGAUUUUACCAAGUUUCCAGAGACUUUUCCAAGCAAUAUGCUCACAUAUAUGCAGCUAGGUUGAACACCUUCAGAAAUAUACUUGGGGAAAUAGUCAGAAAGAAAUGGUCUGAUAAACAUAAAAUCCUGAAACUCUGUGAACUUCGCGAGAAGGGCACAACGUGCGUUAUUAUCGGGACACUCUUCAAACACCAGGAUUUAAAGCCAAGUAUUCUGAAAGAACUAUCUGAUGAGUUGGAUAUUAUUCCUCAACCAGCUAGGACCCAUUUUGUGAAUGACUCAGACACCCUGGUAUUGGAAGAUGAGCUUCAGAGGAUCAAAUUGGCCGGAGGCUGUAUUGAUGUGCAUCAAGUGGUCACCGGGGUGGUGUGUGCCUUGUUAGGUUCUGAAGAUGGAGAUGGAUUAUUUACAGUUCAAGAUGUUUGCUGGCCUGAAUGUAACAUACAGAAGCCAUUACCUAAGAUUGAGGAGGAUAGAUACAUAGUCCUGGUAUCAGGACUAAACAUGGCGUCCAAGUCGGCGGAGCACUGGUUCUCCCUGCACCUGUUCCUGGAGUGGCUCGCCGGCCUCUCCGGCUCCGAGCAGUAUCAGGAGCAGCUGUCCAAGAUAGCCAGGGUCAUUGUGGCAGGCGGCGUAUUCACGAACUACAACAGCGAGAGUGCGCUCAACGAGGCCGACGUGAUCGCCUCGGCCGGGAGCGUGGACUCUCUAUGCGCCGCCGCCAGCGCGGUGGCGCCGCUGGACCUCAUGCCGGGCUGCCGGGACCCCGCCGGCAUCAUGCUGCCGCAGAAGCCGUUCCAUUAUUGUUUAUUUCCGAAAGCUGUAGAGUACAAAUCGUUCAACCGCGUCUCGAAUCCUUAUGAGUGCGAUGUCGGAGGAUUCCUCUGUCUAGGAACAUCCGGAGAGCCAAUCAAGGACAUACUCCGCUACAGUAAAAUCGACAACUACCUGGAUGCCAUGCGGAAGACGCUGCAGUGGCGCCAUCUAGCCCCGACGUGCCCAGACACAGUCCCUUGCACCCCGUGCACGGAAACUGACCCGUUCACUAUCUACAAAUGUCCAGCCGUGUACUUUUGUGGCAACACUGAGGAGUUCGCUACGUCUAUGUAUGAAGGUACUAAUGGUCAACGGGUGCGAUUGGUGUGUGUCCCAGACUUCUGUUCGACAAAAACCGUGGCUGUUGUAAAUUUAGCUAAUUUAGAUUGUUACAGUAUGUCGUUCUCUUAAACUAAACUCUUAUAUUAAUAAAACUGUAUUAAUUUCCAUAAAG